CAUGAUUGACGUUCUUCCUGCCAAUCGUGCUUAGCUCCAAUUAAUCAACAGGCGCUAACGGGGCAGGAUAUAACUAGGCAUCUUUCUGGUUUGGGUGUACAUGAGGUAUCAGACAAAUUACUACGAAGACUGAUCAUCGUACUUGUUCAUGAAAUUUAGGUCCCUGAGCAGGGUCUUGCGCGCCAGGCGGCAGCAAGGGAUCAUCACCACUACUUAAGACACAUGGCAGUCAUCGCCAGCGACACAUCUAUUCCGGGAGGCGGUCGUCUUUGCAUAGUGGUUCUUCUCUAAGCUCCAGUUUUGCAGCGGUUCCACAGCCUCGAGGUUUGCAUCACCAUCGACGAGAAGCGCAAGUCGUCGACGUCGAAAAUGAAGGGUUGGACAGACGGAUCCUCUCCCCCACGCGAAACGCUAAUCUGGAUUAGGAUAGAAAUGGUUUUCAGCUCGAUGGAAGAACUAGAAGCCCAUCUUAGACAGAGGAUCGAGGAAUUGGAAGCUCGCCUUGGAACUUUGACAUCCACGAUAGAGAGUCGUCAUCAGGAAACGACUCAAGAAAAUCAGAAACUCCUUGUGAAACUUGACUCAUGGACGGGCUCAAUCAAGACUCUGUUAGAUCAGUGCUUCGCACCAAUCAAUGACGUUCAUCUUCCCUAGACUCGGCAGUGCAAAGAUAAUGAGGAGUCGGAUGUUGAAGGGUUGGCGAGUUGCAAAUAUCGUGUUAGAUAGAGAGGGAGAGGGAUCAUCCAAGGUAACUUCACUUAGCCCUUGGGAUUUGAUGGUGCCGGGAAAACAGCUUAUGCGACGACGUUGAAAUCCUAAGUACCAUGCACCAAAUUACACAUUGGAAUAUUGCAAUAGAAAAUGGGAUUAUUAGGAGUUCUAAUUGAGGCUUGACGUACGGCACACCCUGUU